ACCUUUCAACUAUCUAUCAAAAUGUAACAAAUAUGUAUGAAACUAUUAACCCUACAAUAAAACAGUCGCAUUGAAGGGUAUAGCCUCCAAAUGGGCUUCUCCAGAUAAGCAUGGAGGCCCGGGCCCGGCCCAAUGUCGCUCCGAAACAAAAAUCAUAUCAUGGAUUGGGCAAGGACUCCGCCUGAGCCGCACAAAAAAAUGAGGCCACUAAUCCCCCAAAUCUCAGUUCACAAAACUUGCUGAAACUCCCCCAAAAAAUACUUCCCACCCUUUCUUCUCCAAGCUUUCCAUGGCAUUCAGAGCUGCUUCCCCUUCCCCUCAAGCUUCACAUCCACCGCCAUUCAAAACCCAAAAUGGCAGCCACCAUAUUCACAAAGCAUUCCAUCGACCAACCACAACAAAAGGGUUGACAGCUGGUAGAAGUGAUAAUCAUAGUAGAAGAAGUGUUGUAGCAACUGCAGCUAAAGAACCACAAAGCCGGCCGCCGAGAGCACCACCUGGAGUUGACACCAGAAUCCACUGGGACAAUCCUGACGAAGGCUGGAUCGGCGGCGGCGGCACAAACACCGACACAUCCGGCGACCAGGAAAAGGACAAUGAAGACUUGCUGGGUGACAAGUUUGCUGAUUUGCUCGAUGAUGCUUCUGACUCUCAUUACCAGUUCCUUGGGGUGCAGCCAGAAGCAGACUUGGAAGAGAUUAAAUCAGCUUACCGGCGGCUAUCCAAGGAGUACCACCCGGACACAACAUCGCUCCCUCUGAAAACAGCCUCAGAAAAGUUCAUGAGGCUGAGGAGAAUUUAUGCUGUCCUGUGCGACCCCGAGAAGCGGAGAUUCUAUGACUGGUCGCUCGCACAGGAGCUUGCUAGCAAGCAAGCUGAGAAGAUGAGGAUGAAGUUGGAGGAUCCCUUGGAACUGAACCUCAACACCUACGAAUCGGUUCCUGAUAUGGUUGAUCGUCUUGGAGGGAAAAACUUGGAGCUCAGUGAUCAGGCGAUGACGGCUCUCACAUUUGAUGCUCUCAUCCUUGUUUUUGCUAUUGGCUGCAUUGUUUAUGUGCUGGUUUUCAAGGAGCCAUAUUACUAGCUGCUGGCAUGCAUGUAAUGUACCAUACCAAAUACAUAUACAGGUUAUUUAUCAAACCAAGCCAAAGCAAGUUGGAAGAACAGAUGGGCAAUAGCUAAACAACAUGCUUAUGUUCUGAAGUGAACAAUCAGAUGCACCACAGAAUUGGAAAAGACUUAUCAGAAAUCUUAGACUUCACUGCUCGGUUGACGAUGCAAUAUAGAUGUAAACUAUAAGCGCUAGUUAUGAAC